AGUCAGUUCCAAGUCUUAACAAGCUGAGAUUUGUAAUCAAAUCACCAGCUAAUUCCAUUUAAUUAAACUAAAUUCAAACUCAUUAAUUUAAUCAAACUUGAGAUUCAAAAAAUCUCUACAAGAAGCAUCCAUGCUUCUUCUUCUACUUCUACUACAACUUCCAUUUCUUCUUCUUCUUAUUUUGCCAGUAAUACUAAUUUUCUUGAGAUCUUCAAAUUAGUAACUGAAGAAGCUGCCUAUCUAUUUCACCAUCCAUUGGCCCCCUUCUUAAAUUUUCUUUCACUGUUGCUCUGUUAGCAAUCAGUUAAAGCUGCAGAAAUAGUAACAGCUUUUUUUUUGUAUGAGUUUUCUCUGUCUCUACUAAACUUAGUAACUAAUUAAAUGCUCUUUCUCAUUCUCAGAAUCUGAUUCUACUGUUAUUUACUUUUAAGUAGUAUUUUUGUCUUCGAAUUUGAAAUUUUCAAACUGUUUUUUGAUUAUGGAUUCGAAAUUGAUGAAACCAUUGCCGAAAACAUUAAUGCUGAAAGAUUACCUGUUGGAUGAUUUGAGUUCCUGUUCAUCAAGCGGUUUCCGAUCAUAUCCUCGCCGGCAAUGCUGCACUACUGUUCGAUUUCUUCUCGAAAUCGACUUGAAGAACAAGUAUCAACCAGCACUUCCUCCGCCGCCGUACAAAACUAAACCAAUACUCCGGUCAAAACUAUCGCCGCCGUCGGCGGCAACUGCAACCGCGGCGAAGGUUUCUGCAUUUCAGAAAGCUUCCGUGGCGGUGAUUAACGCCGUGAAACACCUCCCGUUCGCCGGAGUGAGGUCUUCAUCGACGUCGAAGAAGAAGAAGCCGAUGAUGAGGACAAUUUUUCCGAGGAGUAUUUCGCGGAAGCUGAAACGAAGCUUCUGGAAGAGAGGCGAUCAUAAGGAGAUCUACUGGUGGACGGCAUUCAACCGGUUAGAUAAAGAGGAAUUAAAAUCGCCGGUAUUUUCUCCGGUUGUUAUUGGCAAAAUCGCCGGAGAUUCAAAUAGCUCAACAACGAAGAGUAAAUGUAACAGUAACACCUGGUCUUCAGAUAGUGAUUUCACUGCUUCAAGUGAUAAUUCACUGCAAACAUCAAGCGGCAAUUCUGAGGUUAACUCGACGGAAACUGUAAACGACGCCGUAGCUUCGAAGAUAUUAGGAACGGAAAAUGUGAUUUGCAGCAAAAAAGUUGGCGCAACUACCGGAGAUGAUUCAUCACAUUCAACUAUAAGCAGUCACGGUAGCACUACCAAUUCUCCCAACACAAAGAAACCUUGGCCUAAUGAAGAGAAAGAACAGUUUAGUCCUGUAUCUACAUUGGAUUGUCCAUUUGAUGAUGAAGAUGAGGUCUCUUCACCCUUUCAACAUAGAUUAACUCGUGUCGAAGGAACUACCAAGAAGCUCAUGAAGAAGAUCAAACGAUUCGAGUGUCUUACUGAGCUAGAACCACUCAACUUAGAUAAACGAAUCGCGUCCUCAGAAUCAGAGAGUGAAUCCCCUCUCAACAAUUCAUCAGAAACUGAAGUUGAUGAGGAGGAAGAGGACAAACAGAGAGUUGAAAGACAAGCACUAGACAUGGUUCAAGAAUUGAAAGAAUCAAUGCCAUCUUAUACCAUAAAAUUAAAAACAGAGAAAUUACUCUUUGAUUUCUUCAAGGAAAGGAUUCUCAAUGGUGAUGAUGAGUUCAAGAACAAACCAUUGGAAUUAGCACAAGACUGGAUAAAUGGAAAACCAAUUGAUGUACUGUUAGAUUGGAAGGUGCAAGAAAACAGGAUGGCUUACAUUAGAGCCAUUGAAACCCGAGGCGAAUGGAAGAACACAGAGUUAGAGAAACAAGAAGUGAUAUUGGAAUUGGAAGUUGACAUCUUUGCAUCUUUGAUGAAUGAAGUGUUAGUUGAUGUCAUGUUGAGCUAGCAGAGUGCAGAGUGUGGGGUAAUAACAUAGGCCAUAGCAUAGUUAACAGGGAGUUUAGGGAAACAAGAUUAUGUUCAAUUCUCAAGGUUGUUUUUGUCAUUCAGUUGCUAGCAGAAGAAUAAUAAUAUGGCUAAGCUAGAAUGAUUAAGACCACCUUGUUGAAAUGGCUUUUUUGAAUUGGAGUUGUUAGUGUUGAUCUCAUUUCUUUUUUUCUCUUCCUUGGAGAAAGAUGGGUGGUGAAAUGUUGAA